AUGUGGGUUUCGCUCUUUAGUGACAGAUAUCUCGACCCGCCGGCAAAGAGCACCGCCACGAGUCCUACAACGCCGUCUGGUGGCAGGACAAACGGCAUCGGCCACGAUAAUCCCUUUGAGGAUGCACUGAGACGCCGUAGGGAGAACGAGGCUCGGCCACGAGGCUCAAGCCGGCGCCGUGUGACACGUGUCUACGGCGUAGAGCCGAACACGGAUAUCCACGGAGAGCUGCGUCAGCGAGUCCGAGACGCAGGCUUGGAAGGUGUGUAUGAAGUUGUGCCAGUAGGCAUUGAAGACCUAGAGAGGUCCGGCAAGGUACAGAAGGGCAGUGUCGAUUGCAUUGUAACUGUACUGUGUCUGUGUACCAUCCCAGACCCCAAAUACAACAUCAGGGAGCUGUACGACUAUCUCAAACCCGGUGGAAGAUGUGAAGACUUCUGCAUGUUUCAGUGGUCUGGUCGUAUAGAAUCACUGGUCGUCGAGCUCUCCGUGGUUGAACUGGGCUGA